ACACUCUCUCUCUCCCAAAUCCCAAACGCCAAACGAAAGAAAAACACCGAAACGAACCAACCUCAUGGAAGAGCUCUCAGCGGGGCCUCUCGUCCCCGCCGUUAAACCCGAACCUUCCAAAACCACGGCUGGAGGCACUGACACCGCCGCCACUACUUCUGCCGACACGUUUCCGGCCGCCAUGUCCGAGCCGGAUAAGGACUUCCUCUGUCCGAUUUGCAUGCAGAUCAUCAAGGACGCGUUUCUCACAGCUUGCGGCCACAGCUUCUGCUACAUGUGCAUCACCACUCACCUCCGGAACAAGAGCGAUUGCCCUUGCUGCAGCCAUUACCUCACCACCAGCAACUUGUUCCCUAACAUAUUGCUCGAUAAGCUUAUUGUUAUACGGUUUCUGUACCACAUUUGUAGCUACUAAAGAAGACUUCAGUGCGUCAAAUAUCAAAAACCGCUUCCCCUAUGGAACAUUUCCGGCAGGCAUUGCAAAAGGGUUGUGAGGUGACAAUUAAGGAGCUAGACACGCUUUUGUCACUUCUUGCGGAGAAGAAAAGAAAAAUGGAACAAGAAGAAGCUGAGCGAAACAUGCAAAUAUUGUUAGACUUCUUGCAUUGCUUACGCAAGCAAAAAGUUGACGAGUUGAAGGAGGUGCAAACUGAUCUCCAGUUCAUAAAAGAAGACAUUAGUGCUGUAGAGAAACAUAGAAUGGACUUGUAUCGUGCACGUGAUAGGUACUCUGUAAAAUUGCGGAUGCUUGAUGAUUCUGGUGGAAGAAAAUCAUGGCAUUCAUCAAUGGACAAGAACAGCAGUGGGCUUCUAUCUAGUCCUCUAAAUCUUCGAGGAGGGUUAUCUUCAGGGAGCCAUGCUAAGAAAAAUGAUGGAAAGUCCCAAAUCAGCCCUCAUGGGCAUGGUGUCCAGAGAAAGGAUGCCAUUAGUGGAUCAGAUUCACAAUAUAUAAAUCAAUCGGGUCUUGCUCUAGUUAGAAAGAAGAGAGUGCAUACACAGUUUAAUGACCUACAAGAAUGUUACCUGCAAAAGCGACGGCAUUCAGCAGAUAAGCCCCAUAGCCAACAAGAAAGAGAUAUAAAUCUCAUAACUCGAGAAGGUUAUAGUGCUGGUCUUGAAGAUUUUCAGUCAGUCUUGACAACUUUCACACGCUAUAGUCGAUUGAGAGUUAUUGCAGAACUAAGGCAUGGCGAUAUAUUUCAUUCUGCCAACAUAGUGUCAAGCAUAGAGUUUGACCGUGAUGAUGAUUUGUUUGCUACUGCUGGUGUUUCCCGGCGCAUCAAAGUUUUUGACUUUUCUGCUGUUGUGAAUGAACCUACAGAUGCUCAUUGUCCUGUAGUUGAGAUGUCUACACGUUCAAAACUUAGUUGUUUGAGUUGGAAUAAAUAUGCUAAGAACCAAAUAGCUAGUAGUGAUUAUGAUGGAAUUGUGACUGUUUGGGAUGUGACCACUCGGAAGAGUUUAAUGGAAUAUGAAGAGCAUGAAAAGCGUGCAUGGAGUGUUGAUUUUUCAAGAACAGAUCCCUCUAUGCUUGUAUCUGGUAGUGAUGACUGUAAGGUCAAAGUUUGGUGCACGAAUCAGGAGGCCAGUGUCCUAAAUAUAGACAUGAAAGCAAACAUAUGUUGUGUCAAGUAUAAUCCUGGAUCUGGCAAUUAUAUUGCAGUUGGGUCUGCAGACCAUCACAUCCAUUAUUAUGAUUUGAGAAAUACUAGCCGUCCAGUCCAUGUUUUCAGUGGGCACAGGAAGGCUGUUUCAUAUGUAAAAUUUUUGUCUAAUGAUGAACUUGCAUCUGCAUCAACGGACAGUACACUGCGAUUAUGGGAUGUGAAGGAAAACUUACCAGUUCGAACUUUCAGAGGCCAUGCAAAUGAGAAAAAUUUUGUUGGGCUUACAGUAAGCAGCGAAUACAUUGCAUGUGGCAGUGAAACAAAUGAAGUAUUUGUCUACCACAAGGAAAUCUCAAAGCCUUUGACGUGUCAUAGAUUUGGGUCCCCUGACAUGGAUGAAGCCGAGGAUGAGGCUGGAUCUUACUUCAUCAGCGCUGUAUGCUGGAAGAGUGAUCGGCCCACUAUACUAACUGCAAAUAGUCAAGGCACCAUCAAAGUGCUGGUUCUUGCAGCUUGAACAUGAGGAAAAAUUAUAGAAUGUUGAUGGUAUUAUCUUUUUCCAUGCUAUGAUUGUAUUUAUUAAUUGUACAGUUUUCAAGUGUAUAGGCAGGUUUUAGGGAUCUUAAAAAAAAUAUUAGUUGACUAGUUGAGGACUUAACUUUUAUUGAUAAACCAAUUAAGGGACUGAACUUUAAUUUUUACCAAUUAAGGACCUCAAAUUUAUUAAAAAUUUGUAUUAAUAAAUAAAUGCUCCGAAGACAAAAAUUUCAGAGUUGGCAUGUGAUAAUAAUAACAUUAGCAAAAUGCAGGCUGUAUAUGACCAUUUUCUUUUAAUUUAGAAAUAUUAUUAUUUUUCGUGUGUUAAAGUUCAGGUCCAUAAUUGAUUAUCGAAGUAAACAUAAGGUUCUUAAUCAAUAAAUUUUAAAGUUGAAGUCCUUAAUUGGUUAUGACAUUAAAGUUGAUGUCCGUCGAGAGCACUCAAUGUAUGAGGUUAAUCAAGUUAACAUUUCAAAAUUUGCCCACGUUGUGUCACAUGUCUUGUUAUUCCUUUAUUUCAACCUUCGGUUGCCAUUUCUUAUCCUUGUGCUUCUGGUUGGGAAUAGGUGCGUGAUUGGACUUGAUUAUUUAUUAAGGAUUUCUUUUUCUGUGAAAUUUUGAUUAUUGGUUGUUUUGGUAAUUCAUCACGUUGGAUGUUUUUGCUUCUUGAUUGCCAUCACAUUAUAGUGCUUUAAUUGGAAGGAAAUAAAUACUCCAGUUGCUGAUACAUAUCGAUUCAUAUUUUACAUUGCUUAGUUUUCAUUAUCUGAUUAUGGUCUUUAUAUUAGUUUUUAUUUUAUUUAUAUAAUGAUUUUGUCAUUUAUACUCCCAAAUGUGAGUUGUGAAGUGAUGUUUCUCCCAUGAGGAUAAGAAGCAUUUUUUGGAAUUAAAUACGCAAAUGCGUAGAGGACAAGCACACAUACACCAUUUAUAUCUGCAGAUUUGUUACACGAAGGUAUCCAUCUUUUGACAUUCUCUUAUCAUAUCUGCCCUAGUCAGUAGCUAAGCGGCCACGUACGAAAUGAUGACUACAGUAAGAAUGAUGUAUAAAAUACUCUUUUGUUCUGUUUAAGUACACUCUUCAAAAAAGUUAGUAAAUAAAAAAAAAAUUAGUAUAAAAUAAUAAAAUUUUUCUCAUGAGGGAUAAAUAACUUAUGCUUUUUUAUUUUUUAAGAAAUUUUAAGAAGCUUUUUUUUUUUUAACUUUUCUAUAAUUUGAGGAGAUGAAUCAUUUUAAAUUUAUAAGAAAAGUCUUAUUAAUUUUUUAUAUUGAUUUUUAUUCAUUAUUUAAAAUUCUGUAUACUCCAUUUAUGGGGUUCAAAAUAAGCCAUAAAUUGAC